AGUUCCUAAUAUAUUUUUACAUUAACAGCAGUUAGCACUGGUGAGCCAAAUUUUUACCCCUACCUUGCAGAGAUGCUUGACACUGCUGAGCCUGUGCAACAAGAAGUGUUUGAGUGUUCUUCUAUAACUUCAGCUCGGACCAUACAUGCUAGUUAAGCAUACAUAAAUGGAAUUUUUUAAAAAAGAAGAAAAUUUUAGUGUGUUUUUGAUAUUCCUUUUUUAUCAGUACCAUUCUAGCUAUAGAAGUGAAAUGAUGGCCUUAUCUUUAUGGAGAUGGGAACUAUACAAUGACACCCUUUAGGAUGUAGUCUUAUGUAUGGUCAUUUUUUUUUUUUUGAAACAGAGUAUCCUGUUUUGAUAUGACUGACCCCAUAGAAAUUUGACAGCAAAGUGUUCAUUCCAGAAUAAUUUCCUGGUCAAAGAAAUGUAUGUGUGCUUAUCUUUGUGCCCUGUUUUAUUAAAAUGGGUGGAGUUUGUAAUUCAGAAAUGUUUGUAAGAGGCAUUGGGCAGGGUGGGUGUUCAGCACUCCUUGGCUGGGCUUGACCUAAAUAUGUAGUUGCAUAAUAACAAAAGCAGUUUCAAGCUCUGUAUCACUAAACAGGAGGUGAUGUGUAUGUAAUCUGGCAAGUAAAUAAAUCUGUCCUCUUCCCACGUGGGUACCUGUCCUGAGCAAACUGUCCAUUUUAUUGGACUGCAGACACAGUUAAAAAUUUGGAAUUUUCAGUGAAAGAGCAAGUUUAAAAUUUAAGUUAAUGACAGGAUGUUUCUAUUUGGUCUAAUUAUACCCUUCCCUUCAUGGAGCUUUGAAAGCACGGAUGCUGUGAAAUUUAGCCCGAGUUUUAGCUCUCCUGCAGGAUCCAAGCAGUUUGUGUCUCCAGUUCUCUGGAGGGAUGAGUUUCAGGAAAAUUAUUGAGACAGGCAUUUGAUUCUUUUGACUCAGAUGUUUUAGAGUCUCUGGACCUCAUCUGCAGUCGCACAGAUGACCUGGGAGUGAGGCACAAGGCAGCGCUGCCUCACUGUGUUUGUGCACUGGGAAUGCUGGCUGGGCAGAGCUGUUGGGAGGUGGGUACAAGGAUGGAUGAACCCUGAGAUGGCUCUUGGAGCACAGAAGAAAAGCAGUGACUUCCAGCAAUGAACAAGCAUCACUGGACUGUCAAGUGUGACAAAUACAUAGAGAAAGGGAAUAGCCCAGUGCUUCUAAAAAGGGAUUAUUUUUAAAAUGAAUAAAUUCUGAGGUGCAGGUAAUGCAAACGUGUUUUCUGCUAUAUAUGGCAUUAAGCUUCGCUUUUUCCACUGUCUACUAAUAGAAAGCAAAAGUGAUAAUGACCUUUAAAUAACUACUAAAUAUCAAUAUAAUGUCUAUUCAGUUGUUUGGUUUUUUUUUUCAGGUUGAUUUCUUUUUUACUACAAACCAGUGAAGAUGACACCAAAACAUGAAAAACAGGAAUUUGUAACUGUCUUGGUGCGAGACCCCAGGAUACAGAAAGAAGACUCAUGGCAUUCUUAUAUAGACUACGAGAUAUUUAUUCACACAAACAGUAUAUGCUUUACAAGGAAAACAUCCUGUGUCAGACGACGCUAUCGAGAAUUUGUUUGGCUCCGGCAGAGGCUUCAGAGCAAUGCAGUGCUUAUACAGCUACCUGAACUCCCAUCCAAAACUCCCUUUUUCAAUAUGAACAAUCCUAAUCACGUGGACCAUCGACGUCAGGGUCUGCAAGAAUUCUUGGAAAAGAUCCUACAGGAUGCAUUACUGCUCUCAGAUAGCAGGCUUCACCUCUUCUUACAGACUCAGCUAAGCCCAGAAGACAUGGAGGCCUGUGUGUCUGGGCAGACCAAAUACUCUGUGGCUGAUGCGAUUCACAGUUUCGCCUCUCUGAACAGACGUUUUCCUAUAGAAGAUGAAGAGAGAAAAAAAGGAAAAAGCGAUGCAGACUCUGAUUCAGAGAGUUCAUCCUCCGGGCUCGGACCUAGUGAUGACAGCAUUUCAUGUGGAUGUAAAGCAAGCCCAGCUUCUGAAGAAUCAUGAAAAAUCAUUCCCGUAUUGCUACCUUAAGGACAGUUCAGAGCAGUUUCUGCUUUGUUUACUGGUUAUGUGUACCACACAAACAGGACUGUCUGGUAAUGUGUACCUAAAAGACCCAUCGUUAAUGCAACCACAUGCCCUUACAAAAUACUCAAAACAGACCUCGACCCUAUCUUUUUGGUGAUUUUUUUUUUUUUUAAUAUAUCUUGGUGCAGGUCUACAUGCUACCUAUUUAUGUUUUUGUGACUGUUAAAAUCUCAGUAUUGGGCAAGUCGUGCUCUUCUGACAUACGUGGCAGUUAAAUUAUUUCCUCAGUGAGUGUAUGUCUCGGAUUUGGAAAAUAAAGUUCGCUUAAUUCCUCAUCUUAAAAGUUGGUAUAUCAUAUCAAACAUAUUCAAAGCAUCUUUUAGUAAUUUGCAUCAGAGAAGUUUCAUCUUUAGAAGUCAUUUGACAUUGGUGAUGAAAUUACACACCCCACCAAGGUACUCACUUUUUAAAGUAGCUCAGCAACAUCAGCAAAACAACAUUUGUACAAACUAUAUACUGCUGACAAUUUGAGAUAUAAAUACAUCUUCCUCUGGUCCUUCUGUAAUGUUUAUGGAAAGACUGGUUUUAUCAUGCGUAAGUACUGAAGGCAAAAAUUCUUCAGCAUGGUUGCUUAGAAGUUUAGAAAUAUAAAUAAAAAUUACAUCAUUUCUAGGCUUGCUGGAGAUUCUCAGCUCCCAAGGAAUUAUGGUUACUCAUUCCCAGUGAAAAUCCUGGAUGAGGUCCAUCGAAACCAAUGGCUGAAUUUUGCACUGACCUCGCUAGGGCCAGGAUUUCACCCAAUGUGUUUUACUUUAGGCUCUAUAUUUGAAGGUGCUGGUUGAGGUGUUUUAGUUCAGCAGCUGAAAUGAGGAGUAUCUCCCUCUGUGAGAUGAUGAUAAUCACAUAGCUGUAACACCCUGCAUGGAUGUGGCCCUCUCCACUCCCUGUGAGUAACAGGAGCUGCUGAUUUCAUUGUGGCUGUAGUUACCACGCUGGAAUAUUGACUUUUUCACAAACAAAAGGCAGGCUUGAGCACAACUUCUUAACCACCAACACUUACUUUGAUUAAACGUCAGUUUUGCUCUUUAUUGUUCACAGCAGCUGCGCAGUGUCUUGUCUCAGAUUCUGUCAAAGGACUGUGUUUCACUGUGGUGUUGUAUUUAUAUUUGACAUUUAACUGCUAUUAAAAAGAGCUAGGGGGUCUGAUCACCCUAGCAAAGCUCCCAUUAACUUCAGUGCAGUAGUUACCGGUCUAGAAAUGGAUAUAAAUACAUGCCUUUCUUUUUUCCUUUCCUUUUAAAAGAAAUCUGUGGUUACUUUCCAAGAAGGAGCAUUUUAAACCUGGGAAUUACAGAAACAAUAGAUUAUUAAAUAGACAGCUAGCAAGGGGUAGCAUAAACAUGUGUGGGCAUGCUUUUUUAAGCAUCCAGCUGGGAAUCUGUGUAAUUUUAGAAACAGGUUUUAAUAGCCUGAGAAUAACGUAUUGUAGGUAAAGACUUCAAGCCACUGUAUUUUGUUGAUGGUAGCACUUUGUAAGAUAAGUAUCCGUGUUUCUUUUUGCUCGGUCUCACUGAAUUGCACAAAUGUAUCUCUUUACCAUCUCAGCUUGUAUGUGAGUCAGCAGCAACGCUAUUUUUAAUGUAAAAAUUAUAAUGUUUAAUGUUUAAUUUAAGCAACAAGUUAUCACUAAAAGUAGCUUAAAAAUAGCUGUUACUGCCAGUCAGAGAUUUUGAUUGCUUGAUUUUUAUUUUUUUUAAGAUAGCAGAUUAAAAAAUUGUUUAGCAAAUUUAUUUAAGAAGUGGGAAGGAUUUAAAAACAAAAACUGGAAUAAUGUUGAGAAGGAUAUUACCAUUUUUAUUUAAGACAAUGUAGGUUUUUCUUUUGUUUCAAAAAUUGAGCUAAACUCUUGAAGCACUUUACAGUUCUGGCUUACUAACACGUCCUCAGUACCUCCAAAAAUAACAGAAACACAAGAUUUGGGGAGCCUUUGUGGCUGAUUUUAUUUUUUAAUUCGAGGAGCUUAUCAGUAUGCCAGCAAGCAUUUUCCAAAUGAAGAUGUUUCUGAAAUAAAUAUUUGUUUUCUAAUAGCUCUGUUGUUAUUCUCUUAUUUUCUUCAUCAUACUGUUAAAAAAAUCUAAGACUACUAUAACUUUCUUCUCAGCUUUGACAGAAAUUUGUUCAAAUAUUUAUCUUUUGAAUGUUGUUUGUGUAGCUAGUGUUACUGGAAUUUUUCUUAGUAAUGGGGGAGGGAAAGUACUCCAUGCUCUCUAGUAUGUCUCCUUCAUGUUAUCAGCUGUAUAUAAUCACAUAUAAAGGCUUUAAGGCAUUUUGUUUCCUUGGAAUAUUAAAUGUAACUUUUACAAAUGUAAAUGUUAAAAAAUAAU